CGGACGACGAGAGUGCUUCGCGGGAUCCGGUUCGACCGGUCUUCAAGAAGAUCGGCGAAGCCAGCUAUUCGGAGGUGUUCGGCAUCGGAGACGUGGUGCUCAAGGUCAUUCCGCUCGAAGAUGAACUAGCUAUAUCCUCAGGUCAGGUCGACCCAAACUUGGAAACACCUGCACCCUCAAACGCCAAGGACGUCCUUCGAGAAAUUAUCGUCACUCGUACGAUAGGAGACAUGUGUGCAUCUCCACAGCACGAGGGCAAGCUUACCUCUUGCGGCGCGUUUGUUAAGCUGUUACGCGCGUACGUCGUCAAAGGGCGAUACCCGAGCCUGCUCCUCGAUCUCUGGGAUCAAUUCAACGGCGAGAGGGGCAGCGAGAACGUAAGACCGGAUGGCUUCCAAGUUUCCCAGAUGUAUGCGAUCAUUGUUUUGCCCAACGGGGGACCGGAUCUGGAAGCCUACACCUUUGAGCGUUCCGCGAAGUCGGGUUGGAAGCAGGCGGCGAGUUUGUUCUGGCAAGUGGCGCGAACGCUGUCGCGGGCUGAGGAAUUGGUUCGAUUCGAGCACCGCGAUUUACAUUGGGGUCAGAUCCUGGUUAAGAAUAUUGCCCCAGUCAAUCUAGAAAGACUUCCUCUCGGUGCUCGCAAUGGGCGCGGUAAAGUCACGAAGGCACCGAUGGAUCACCCCUCUCAUGGCGUCAAAGCGACGAUCAUCGAUCUUGGACUCGCGAGAAUGGACGCUGGCGACCAAGACAGUAGCGACCCGUACUGGACUCCAUUCGACGAAGAGAUAUUCCAAGGCGAAGGAGACUACCAGUUCGACGUUUAUCGGAUGAUGCGAGAGCACAAUGGGGACCACUGGGAGGAGUUCAGGCCAUUGACGAAUGUGAUGGUAAGCCCGACGUUACGUCCCUUUUGA